CGCCCCGCCUCCCCCCCGAACCCCGCGGAGCCGCCGGGAGCGCGCGGCGCCCGGAGUCGUGACCGGGGGCGCGCAGCCCGGCGUCUCCAGCUGCGGCGAUGGCGGCGGCGGCUUCGCAGCGAGACCCGGGGGACUGGCAGGACUUCUCGGGGUUCCAGCCCUCGGCGGGGAGCGCUCCCGAAACCGCCAGAGGUGACAAAGGCGGAUGGGAUCUGGGAACGAAGUUGUCCCUCUGCUUCGAGCCCCCCCCGGCCCGCGCUGCCGGUUGCGGCGAGAGCCGCGUUCCGCUGCGGCCGCUCACGGAGCAGAGCGCGCUGCAGGACGACGAGAUUUGGAAUGCUUUGACUGAUAAUUAUGGAAACGUAAUGCCGGUUGACUGGAAAUCUUCCCACACCAGAGCUUUGCACUUGCCAACUCUGAACCUUUCAGAAAAAGGGGUAAAUGAUAACUUAAACCUUGACCUGUCAGAUGAUGAAGAGCUGAGAGAACAGCUGGAUAUGCAUUCCAUCAUUGUUUCCUGCAUCAAUGAUGAACCACUGUUCACAGCGGAACAGGUGAUUGAAGAAAUAGAAGAAAUGAUGCAGGAAUCUCCUGAUCCCGAAGAUGAUGAAACACCUACUCAGUCCGACCGUCUCUCCAUGCUUUCCCAGGAAAUUCAAACACUCAAGAGAUCCAGUACAAACAACAGCUACGAGGAGAGAGUAAAAAGAUUGUCUGUUGCUGAGUUAAAUGAACUGCUAGAAGAAAUUGAGACUGCUAUUAAGGAUUAUUCUGAGGAGCUGGUGCAGCAGUUGGCACUGCGGGAUGAGUUGGAGUUCGAGAAGGAAGUGAAAAACAGCUUCAUUUCUGUCCUCAUCGAAGUACAGAAUAAACAGAGAGAGCACAAAGAAACAGCAAAGAAGAAAAAGAAGCUGAAAAAUGGUAGCCCUCAGAAUGGGAAGCAAGAAAGAGGUCAUAUGCCUGGAACACGCUUCAGCAUGGAAGGGAUCUCAAAUGUCAUACAGAAUGGCUUCCGCCACACGUUUGGAAACUCGGGUGGAGAGAAACAGAACUGUAGUAUUAUCAUGAGGUUAUAUAUCAUGAGUUUACCCUCUUUUGCAAGCAAGGUAUGUGUCUAUGUGUUAAUGAAGGCAUAGAUUCAGCUAUUUGUCACUUGCUUUUUGGAUUGUGAGCACGUGGCUAGAUCUAACCCAAUAGAAUCUGUAUUGCCUUACAUUAUCUCAACUCUCUUCAGUUACAGCUGUACUGUUUUUGUUGCUAUCUUUACCAGAAAAUACUAACUACUGCUGCUUUUAGCUGUUUCAAAUAUGCAAACGGGCAGCUCAGACUUAUUUUCUAUAUGUUUAUAAAAACACACCUUUUUUUCUUGAUUCUAAUCGUAAGUAGCUUAGUCAUUUGCUUCCAAUAUCACUAACUGGGAUAACUUCCAGUGAUAGUGAUUUUUUUUCUUGUUAAUUUAAUAAUGCUGUUCUUUAUGAUGAUUGUACUUUUCCCAUGAUCUAUCUUAUACUAUAUUCUUGUUAUCUGGGGAUAUAUUUUGUUUCCCUUUCUUGUAUCCUAAAGUUAAUCAUGAAAAUAAGAAGCUUAAAAUGAAAAAGAAGGGAGAAAGGAAGAUGUAAUACUGCCUCUUUCUAGAGUAGUCCUGGAAGACCAUUUUUCUGUGGCAUUUGUUCAAAAUCUGUUAUCUGAAAGGAUAUUUUUUUUUCUGUAAAUGCCUCGUAGGUAACGUUAUAAAACUUUUCUUACAGUGUCAGUCUUAUUGUGUUUUUCACUUGUUUGGUUUGCUCAUUUUUCCUUUGUCAUUUUACCCAACUCUGGAUGUUCUUUUAAGACACUGUAUUUUUCCUACAGCAGCAAGUUAGAAAGCAGAAUAAGUACCAUCUUAUACCCCAUGAUAGUUGAGUGUAAUCUGUUUAGUGUUACUCUCAGAACAUUUGUAUGAGUCUGUCUUCAGGACGUGUUGUGCUUAUAAACUUAAGUUCAGGUAUUUUUGUGUGGUAGGGAAGAGUUAUGUAACUCCCUGGGGUUGUACUAAAGAAAAAAAAAAAGAAAAAAAAAUGCAGGAGCAUACAAUUUUUUGAAUGCCUUACAAGGUUGAGGUUCAUACCCAUUCAAUCACAGCAUAAAGUUUCUGACAUGUUUGUUCAGUUCUUUCUAAACUCCUGUCAUUCAUUAAUUUCAAUGGUGUUUGCUGUCUUGACUGUUUUCAGGAUAGUGCUACUCUGAAAACUAGGUAGGUACUUUCCUUUUGAAAACUGUAAUCCUCUUUUUUUUUUUUUUUUGUCUUUGAGGCAUGAGUAAACACAACUUAGAAUUUUUCAGUGUCUUCACUGAUGGUAAAAUUUAAAGUGAAGUUUCCAGUGGGAACCACCAGUUCCCAUCUGAUAAUGCAGCUGGGAAAAUACAACGCCAACAACAGCAUGAAAAGCAUCACACAAUGCUGUCAGUUCUUUCUGCGGUCUUAUCUCCAGAAGGAAUUGCAAGAUGUUUUCAUUUCACUUAUUAUACAUAUCAAACACUUUGUAUGACUACAAAUUACAGUGGGGAUUGCUGCUUAUCAUACUGUCAAAUGUAUGUCAAAAAUGUACAGGUCACAGUAGAUUUAAUGCUUGGGCAUGUCAGUAAGCUAUACUCAAAUCAUUUUCGUAAUGUGUUCUUCACAGAGUAAUUCAGGGAAUGAGUUUUAUUAGGGCCAUUAGGGAGACUCACUGUUAACAGCUAAGUGGUGAUGAGAAAAAUGAGGUGAUUUUUGGAAAGUAAGAAAACAAUUACAUGGUUAUUGUUUUUGUCUUUUUCAUUGUAAAGGGAAAUUGGUAGGUAGGUGUUGUGGGGCAAGAAAACAAGGAGCAUAUAUUUGGUCAUUAAAAUGUAUCUCAGUUAUUUAUUGUGCAGGUUGGUAAAGGGUAGAAUGGCACUUGAAUAUUUUGAGGGCUGGAAAGAACAGCCUAAGAUCUGAUUCCUGAGUUAAUAGAUCUACUUUCAUCUCUGACAAAUGUAGAUUUAACAGCCUUGUAUCUAGCUAUUGAUGUUGUUGGUUUUAGGAAUAAUGCAAAUCUCUGUGAUAUAUCUGCUGGGGAAGAAAUUGAAAAUUGACUCAUGGAUGGCUUCCUUGGAAGCACUGCCUGCUUUUCUGUGCUAAGUGGAUGUGAGGAAAGUGCUGAAAUAAUAGGGAGGAAUUACAGCACCCCAUCUUUGCUCAAGGUUUUGAUGAAGUGUCAGUACAUCCCAUACAACGUUCUUUUAAAUUAUACACAAGUGAGUCUGUCUGGCUUUUAAGCAUAAAGAUAUAAGUUGCGUCAUCUCACUCUAAUCAUGGCAAUGGUUAUAGCUGGCUUUGGCAACACCAGCUCUUCUGCAAAGUAAACUUCUUCACCAGAGUUUGAGUUACAAUUGACUCUUGCUAAAGAGUUGGCCAUACUACAGGAGAUAUGAUGUAGAAUGUACAAGGGCUGCUCUGCAACUGAUGCCUCCUAUUUUAUUAUGUUGGUUUGUGACAUCAGAUGUGGAUGUUGGUGGUAUGACAGUAGAGGCUGAGCAUUCCCAUCUAUAUUCUGCUACAUGCUGUGUGACAGAUGGCAGCAGAAAGGAAGUCUAAUAGGAUAGCAUCUGACAUGGAAGUGUGUAUGAAGCAAAGGGGUGAAAUUGAGCUCCUCUGUGUGGAAAAAAAAUGGCACCCAUUGACAUUAAUCAAUGGUUGCUGAACAUUUAUGGAGACCAAAAAGCGCAUGUGAGCACAGUGAAAUGGUGGGUGGUACAUUUCAUUAGUGGUGACAAUGAUGUGAAGACAAGCCAUGUUCUGGGCAGCUAUGCAGAUAUUUACGAGCAUGGCAUAUAGGUUCUUGUUCAUAGCUGGUGAAAAUGCAUAGCUAGCUGUGGUGACUUUAUUGAGAAAUAGUAUUCUGUAGCUGAGAAUUUGCUCUCAAGUAGUGUUAUUGUGCUCAUUUUUUCUGUUGUAGUUUCAUGGAAAUAAAUAUGAAAUUAUUUUUGAAGUGACCUAUUUUGUCAUUGUUGUGUGAAGAGUUACAAUCUCUGAAGUUGAAUGCAAAAUGGAAUGUUGCUUCAUCUGGUACCCUAUGAAUAAUUACCAUAAAAAAUAUUUCAAGUAAAUUCUUAAAGCUUUUUCAUUAGGAAAAAUCCCAGUGACUUUUAAUUCAUAUAAUAAAUCUUAGAGCAGUAGGGUUACUUCAAGAGCUUGAAAGCUCUAGGCAAUAAAAUCCUGAAAGAUUUUAUUUUUUUUUUAAA